AUGUUGCUUCCCACUGAAGCAUCUCGGUCAACGGUUGUCUCAAUACCCAGAGUUUUCCCACAUCUCUGCUUCACAAGCACUUCUGCUUCAGUCUGCUUCAGGGAUCCUUUUUCAUCUUCAUUCUCUACACCUGCUGAUAUUUCACCCAAAGUUUCCGCUAGGCAGUCUGAUAUUCCACCCAAAGUUUCCGCUGCGCAAGCUGAUAUUCUACCCUAUGUUUCCGCUGCGCAAGCUAAUAUUCCACCCAAAGUUUCCGCUGCGCAAGCUGAUAUUCCACCUGAUGUUUCCGCCACAAAAGCUGAUAUUCCACUAAAUGUUUCUGCUGCGCAAGCUGAAAUUCCACCCAAUGUUUCUGCUGCGCAAGCUGAAAUUCCACCCGGUGUCACUGCUGCGCUGGCUGAUUUUCCACCCAAUGUUUUGGCUGCUCAUGCUGAUAUUCCAACUGAUGUUUCUGCUGCACAAGCUGAUUUUUCACCCAAUGUUUCCACUGCGCAAGCUGAUAUUCCACCCGCUGUUUCUGCUGCGCAGACCGAUAUUCCACCCAAUGUUUCCGCUGCGCAAGCUGAUAUUCCACCCGAUGUUUCCGCUGUGCAAGCUGAUAUUCCACCCGAUGUUUCCGCUGUGCAAGCUGAUAUUCCACCCGAUGUUUCCGCUGUGCAAGCUGAUAUUCCACCCCAUGUUUCCGCUGCUCAGGCUAAUCUUUUAUCGGGUGUUUGGCAUAACCUGUCUGGUGAUGCCAAUGUUGAUGCUGAUGUUGAUGCUAGUGCUGCUUCUGUUGAUGAUAGUGGUGCUACUGUGGUUGCUGCGACUGCUUUUGCCAAUGAUAGUGCUGCUUGUGUUGAUACUUUCGUUGAUGAUCUUCAUGUUAGUGCUGUUUCGUGUGAUGCAUUAGCUGCUAUUAGUGUCACCACAUCUAGAGUUACUACAUCAACUAGUGUCACCACCUCUACGGUACCUACAUCUACUAGUAUCACCACAUCUAGAGUUACUACAUCAACUAGUGUCCCCACAUCCACUAGUGCUGCUAGUGGUGGUGUCACUUUAGCCGGCCAUGUCCCUAGCACACUCCACGUCCCCGACGAGCGCCAUAUCAGUAGUGACAGUGAGACUGGAUCUAGUGGCUAUCAGACCUGCGCUAGUGACGCCUAUGCUUCCACUGCAUCUCAUUGGUACUCUACUAGUGACAGGGAUGACCCUAGUGACUCAUGA